AUGGCCAGACUUGUCGAUAAAACUGACCGGCUAAGACAGUGUGAGACGUGCUGGGGCUUUCACUUUGACCGCAACUGUCAUAGACGGCCAGUCUGCCAACGCUGCGGCAAGAUCGGCCACUCUACUGAUGACUGCGCCGCGCCAGAACAGUGCAUUAACUGCUUGGGCCCUCACCUGGCUAACUUUCACAGGUGCCCAGCUCGACCGAAGAAAGUGCGCGGCGUGCUGCGCCGACUUACCAAAGAACAGCGAGGACAUGUCCGGACCGUAGGCGCGGAGGCAUACCGACAACGACAGCGAGAAGCACAACCGGAAUUGCACCAAGCCCAUAACAGCACGUAUGAACGACAAGGCGAGGAUGCCGCAUCACAAGAGCAGCCGAGCGUUCGUGCCCCAAGCCCAGCUAUAUCAGGAGCACCAUCGUGCAUCAUGGUGGCCACGACCCCUCAUGCUGGCUAUGAAGCAGAGGAAGAACCCGAACAGCCCAGACCAGGCUCACCGCGAAAGCGCCGAAUAGACAGGAAGCCGCUCAGGAUCUUCCAGGCCAACGUCGGCAAGAUCCCUCCGGCCCACGACUGCGCCCUGGCGCUGGCCGACUCGGAACAAUAUGACGUUGUGCUCUUGCAAGAGCCGUGGACGGCUCACACAGAGACCCGCACUUUAACUAAGACUCACCCUGCAUACGACACAUUUACGCCGGUCGACAUGUGGAACAGCAACGACACUCGGCCUAGAGUGAUGACAUAUGUCCGACGAGACCCAAGACUUCUUGCUGACCAGAUUCGGCCUUUUCAGACUCGUGAUAUCCUUUGGCUCACAAUCAACGACCUGACGAUCGUCAACUUCUAUCGUCAGAACGACGAGAGGGACGCCCUAGACACGCUAUUUCAAUGGUCUGUCCCGGAACGUUGCCUCGUAGCUGGCGAUUUCAAUGCCAGACAUCGUAGCUGGCAAACAGGCCAAACUACGAACCGGGGCCAAGAGAUAGCAGGAUGGGUGUCUGAGAAUGACCUCAGCCUUCUCAACACUUUAGACAUCCCAACAAACCCGUACGGCAACACAAUCGAUCUUGCCUUUACUAACCUACCACUUGCUGAAGCUGUCGUCGAGGACCAUCUCGCCACCAGCUCUGACCACUUCACGCUCAGCCUGACCUUCUCAGACGUCAGAUCGACUCUGAUGCAGCCAGGCAAGAUUCGAGUGACGACGGAAGACGAGCUUAAACGAUUCGUCGAGAUCGUAGAGCUUGGCGCUACAGGAAUACCCCUGACAGAUUCGACCCCCGAGGAGCUGGACGAGCUUGCGUCUUCACUUGUGAGUCUACUAACAUCAGCAGUAAAAGCGUCUGGGAGGCCCGCACGGAAAGGCGGAUGCCCGGCUCCCUGGUGGACGGAGGAGUGCGCCGACGCCGCGGCUGCUUUUCGAGCCAUCAGAAGAAGCUACCCACUCGGCUUCAACCAGGACGUUCAGAUCGCCAAGAGAGGCUUUCAUCGUGUGGUCCGUUGGGCCAAGAGGCGCUAUUGGCGUAACCUCAUCGACGGCUUCUCCAGCAGUAGCGAUGUUUUUAAAGCUGUCCGGUGGCUAAAGUCCCCAGGAGCCUUCCAGCCGCCACCUCUAUAG